UAUAAGCGGCCCCGCGGCGCGGCCCCGCACUGCCGCCAUGGCCUCGGGCCUCAAGGAGCGCAGGAGGACGCCCGUGUCCCACAAAGUGAUCGAGAAGCGGCGGCGGGACCGUAUCAACCGGUGCCUGGCGGAGCUGGGCCGCACCGUGCCGCUGGCGCUGGCCAAGCAGGGCUCGGGCAAGCUGGAGAAGGCGGAGAUCCUGGAGAUGACGGUGCAGUACCUGCGGGCGCUGCACUCAGCCGACUUCCCCCGCGGCAGGGAGAAGGAGCUGCUCUCCGAGUUCGCCAACUACUUCCACUACGGCUACCACGAGUGCAUGAAGAACCUGGUGCACUACCUGACCACGGUGGAGCGGAUGGAGACCAAGGAUACCAAGUACGCCCGCAUCCUCGCCUUCCUGCAGUCCAAGGCGCGCUUCGCCGCCGAGCCGCUCCUCGCCGCGCAGCCGGAGCCCGACGCCGCCUUCCCGCCGCCCCCUGAGCGCCCGCCGGUCCCCCCUGAGCCCUUCCCGUGGCCGUACGGCCCCCUGCCCGCCCCCGCGGCCCUGGGCGGCCCCGGGCAGCAGCGCGCCGCCUUCCUCCCGUCCGCGCAGGGCCUGGAGCGCCGUUACCUCGGCUUGCUGGGCCCGCCGCCCCCCGGCGCCUUCGGGCUGCCGCCCGGCCAACACCCUCCCGCCGUGCUAUAGGGCCGCGGCGCCGCGGACUCCGCCUGGAUGGCGCCGGAAGAAAGCUACGGGCGCGGCCCCGCGUGUCUCGUGGGAAGCUUUCUCGGCUUCCCCCGGCACGGAGCAACGGGGCG